UCCUUUUUUUUCCUUGGAUGUUUCGAGAAAAUGACUGAGCCUCCGGCCUUCUUUGUACAGGUGGGCGCUUGGCUAGCUUCUAAGCGUUUUCCUUACUCUAAUUUUCCUCGUUGUUUCGAGGAGAACACUAAACUCUCCUACCUUAUUAUCUAUUUAAUUCACUCUCCCCUUCUCCUUAACAUAGACUCAUAAUUGCAAUCAAAUCCUAAUCGUCUCGCUCUCUUUCUUUUCUUUAUUUUUAACGGGUGGUUAGCGUUUGAAUUGGAACCAAUGGCGUCUUCUUCAUCAUCUCACAAGCAAAAUCAGGAAUUUAGUGCUUUCUCUGCCAAAAGAAGGGUAGUUUAUGAAUCUUCAAGUUUGUUUGAUGUGUUCAUCAAUCACAGAGGCCCUGAUGUCAAACAAACUCUUGCUAUUCAGCUUUACAAUUCCCUGGAGCAGUUGGGAAUACGGGCGUUUCUUGAUUCCCAAGAGAAGCAACUUGGAGAUUCGUUUCCUUCAACUAUUGAGACAGCUAUCCGUUCUGCGUUAGUACAUGUGGCCAUCUUUUCUAAAGGAUAUGCAGACUCACCUUGGUGUUUGGCUGAGCUAGUUCUUAUCUUAGAGAGCCAGGCCAAAAUUAUCCCCGUGUUUUAUGGAGUGAACCCUAGUGAUCUCCGCAUCAUAAAGAAGGGAGUAUAUGCUGAAGCAUUCAUUAAAUAUGAAGAGAAGGGCAGGUAUCUAGAGAAGCUUAACGAGUGGAAGGAAGCCCUUCAGUCUCUUUCACUUAUAGCCGGAGAAGAAUUUCACAGUGACUGGGACUGCCAAAAAAUAGUAACAGCUGUGCAAAAAGAAGUACAAAGGAAAACACAUCCGCAUGUUGCUGAAUAUCCAGUGGGGCUUAACAAUCUUGUGAAAGAUCUUGAAAGGCGUUGCCUGCAGGAACUUGUACAAGAUUUUGAAAACCAGUGCGGGCUGAAGAAAAGGAAGGAUAAGGUUAAGGUAGUUGGCAUUUUCGGUAUGGGUGGAUCGGGAUUUGGCCAAAGAGUUGUUUAACCGAAAGAGAUUGGAUUUCUCUAGAGCGACUUUUUUGUUUCAUGUGCGAGAAGCGUCUAGAGAAGAGAAUUACCUUCAUUGCAACUUAAGCUUCUCAAAGAUCUCUUUGACAGAGAUCUGAGUUUUAUAAAUACAGAGGAAGGAAUAAGCUAUCUCAAAGAUAGUCUACGAAGGAGCCCUACCUAUUUAAGAUUCCUAAUUGUUGUAGAUGACAUCAAUCAUGUGGAGCAGUACUUAAAUGCUCUACUAAUAAUGGAUAUCAUAAAUAAAUUGGAUAAUAGUCUGGUUAUUGUCACAAACCGUGACGUUGGGGUGCUUAUAACUGGAAGGAUUACUGAUGGUUAUCGCUUGAAAGAAAUGGAUAAAGAUCAAGGGAGCGAACUCUUCUGUUGGCAUGCCUUUGACCAACCCAUGAAUCCUUCUAGCGGGUACGAGGAGCUGGUUAACUCCUUCGUAAACGUGUGUGGAGGGUUACCUCUGUCUCUUCAAGUUCUGGGCAGGCAUGUUCGUGGUAGAAAUGAGGAUUAUUGGAGGUCAGAAUUGAUUGAAGUUAGAAAGACGUUGCCUUAGGAUGUAAAGCAAAGACUAAGAAUAAGUUUUGAUCCAUUGAAUGCUGAAGAAAAAAAUGUUUUUGUCGAUAUUGCUUUUUUUUGGGGGGCAGAAAAAGAAUAGCUGAAAAAGUAUGGGAGGUGUCAGGAUGGAACUAUCAACAUGCACUGCAAACACUGAGAGACAAGUGUCUUUUAGAAGAAACAGAUAUAUAUUUGCGAAUGCAUGACCACCUGAGGGACUUGGGAAGAGAAAUGGCAUUUGAGCUCGGCCCUCCUCAUCGCCUGUGGCGUCAUCAAGAUCUGGAAUAUUUGGAAUCAAGGGGUUUCAGAAAAAUCCUCACCAAGACCAAUAUCAGGUGUUUCCAUUCCAUUUUUGACAAGUCCAUGAAUUCUCAAGUUACAUUCUUCUUCGGCCAAACAGUCAUUUGUGGUGAGACGUCAGCGUCCUUACUAUGGCUCGAGAUUAUGGUACAUAGUUACAAAAAAAAAAGAAAAAAAAAGCUUUCCUUAGUGGAUUCCCCUUCAAAGUUUGCAGCAUUUGAAAAUCAAUGGUAGACGAUUCAAAACCUUGUUGAAGAAUAGCAUACAUGUAUUUUGAUUUUUCGUUUAAAAUCUUAAUGUCCUUAAACUGUAUGGUGCAAUUCUCCGGGCUAAUUUUUAAACAUUGAGAGUUUUACACAAAUUUAUCUUAAAUUUCAGGCACCCUCCCAGUUGAAGAGUCUUGAUAUUACAAAAUGUGAGCAUUUGAAAAGUAUAUCAGGAAUAUCUAAUCUUGCAAAUCUUGUGCGGUUGAAUAUUAGUGUAUGCCCAAAGCUCAAAGAGCUAAGACUUGGUCAUCCUAGCAGUCUAGAAAAAGUUACUAUUAAAAAAUGUGUCAGGCAUAUCUAAUCUUCCAAAGCUUGUGGAGUUGAGUAUGAGUCAAUGCCCAGAACUUGAGGAGCUAAGUCUAGGUCAUCUUAGCUGUCUCGAAAGGUUCACAAUUGUAAAUUGUAAACAUUUGAAAGGUGUGCCAGGACUAUCUAAUCUUGCAAAGCUUGUAAAACUAGAAAUCUCUAAUUGUGGGAAGUUAGAGUUUGAGUGUUUGUCUCAGUGGUAUGGAGUGUCUUGAGAGCAUAGUACUUGAUCAAGAUGUAAAGAUGAAAUAUUUUAUUUGGAUGGUUACCAAUUUUUGAAACCAAUAAAAUUUGGUCGUGAAGAGCUUGUAGAAUUAAAAAUUGGCUGCAAGGAGUUGCUAGACUUUAGACGUCUAAGUUACAUAGAGAGGAUUAUAAUUGAUGGAUGUGGGAGUUGCUAGACUUUAGAGGUCUAAGUUACAUAGAGAGGACUAUAAUUGAUGGAUGUGGGAAGCACAAAUAUCUUCAAGUGCAUGGUUGUCCAAAACUGAGAAGUGUGUUGGGUAACAUAGAGGUUAAAAUGUUGCAUAUUAGCGAUUGCCCUGAGCUUGAGGAGUUGCCAAGUCUUUCCAGUCUGAAUUGCUUGGAGAAAUUUGAGAUUGAGAAUUGUAAGAAGCUACAGAACAUUACGCUGCCAACAACACUCAUCAGUCUAUCCAUACUAAGUUGCAGAGGUUUGCAAAGAGUAGCUAGAAUUAGUGAUCUUAAAAAGCUUACAGAGUUGUACAUUAAAAAGUGUCCUGAGCUUAAGGAUUUGCUGAGUCUUUCUAGACUAAGAUGCUUGGAGCAAAUUGUGAUCGACUCGUGUGAGAAGGUGGAGAAUAUGGCAAGCACUGAAAAGUUGCGUGCAUUGAUAACUAUGCAACUUUUUUAUUGCAGCAAUGCAAUAAUUCAGAAUUGCAUUCCCAGGUUGAAGACGGUGAAGUCAGAUUAUACCAUUGUUUUCGGAAGAGCAGUUGAUGGAGCAAGAUCAAUUUUAAAUGAGUAUCUAUUUUAUGGCGCUGAUGCAGUCACUAACAUGGUUAGUGAAAACAGUGACAAGUUGGAAAAAUGGUGAGAAUUAAGUAUAGUUAUUGUAUGCUGUGUGGUUGUGGUUGAUAGCUCUAGUUCAGUAAAGGAUAUAAUCACUUCCACGCGGCCCCUCUUACAAUACCAGCACACCUGUAGUGCACCAAGGAGAAUGGAUAAUUACAAUGGUGGCACCAUAUGGUUGUUCGAGAUACUAUUAUCAUUAUUAUAUGAAAAUUGAACAAGUUUUAAGGAGGUUUGGAAUAAUGAAGAAGGGGUUUCUGGUAGAGGUAAACAAAGAUGAAGAGUGGAAAGGAGUGCAAGUAUUACGUCUAAUUGUUGACAGACUAUAUCAUUUAUGAUGUAAUUUUUAGUUUUUCGUUAUUUUCAAACUGUAAAGGUGCAGACUAUUUCCAUAAAG